AUGUCUCGGCGCAAGCAGGCCAAGCCCCAGCACCUCAAGUCCGACGAGGAGCUGCCGCCGCCGGACGGGGCUCCCGAGCACGGCGCCCCGGGGGACGGCGCGGAGGAGGCGGACAGCGGGCCCGAGAGCCGCAGCGCGGGCGAGGAGACCAGCGUCUGCGAGCAGUGCUGCGCCGAGUUCUUCAAGUGGGCCGACUUCCUGCGGCACAAGAAGAACUGCCCCAAGAACCCGCCGGUGCUGAUCGUGCACGAGGAUGACCUGCCGGGCCCCGGCCUGCCCGGCGCGCUUCUACCUCACACCUCCGCGAGCAGCGUCAUCUUCCCCAACCCGCUGGUCAGCAUCGCGGCCACGGCCAACGCCCUGGACCCGCUGUCGGCCCUCAUGAAGCACCGCAAGGGCAAGCCGCCCAACGUGUCGGUGUUCGAGCCCAAGGCCAGCGCCGAGGACCCCUUCUUCAAGCACAAGUGCAGGUUCUGCGCCAAGGUCUUCGGCAGCGACAGCGCGCUGCAGAUCCACCUGCGCUCGCACACGGGCGAGCGGCCCUUCAAGUGCAACAUCUGCGGGAACCGCUUCUCGACCAAAGGCAACCUGAAGGUGCACUUCCAGAGGCACAAGGAGAAGUACCCCCACAUCCAGAUGAACCCCUACCCCGUCCCGGAGUACCUCGACAACGUGCCCACCUGCUCGGGCAUCCCCUACGGCAUGUCGCUGCCCCCGGAGAAGCCCGUGACCACCUGGCUGGACAGCAAGCCCGUGCUGCCCACGGUGCCCACGUCCGUGGGGCUGCAGCUGCCCCCCACCGUCCCCGGCGCCCACGGCUACGCCGACUCCCCCAGCGUCACCCCCGCCAGCCGCUCCCCGCAGAGGCCCUCCCCCGCCUCCAGCGAGUGCACCUCCCUGUCCCCCGGCCUCAACAACCCGGAGUCCGGCAUCCUGGUGGCCGCUGAGUCCCCGCAGCCGCUCCUCAGCGCGUCCCUGACGAAGCCAGAGCCGCUGGGCCUGCCCGGCACGAACGCGAGGGCGGGGGACACCCCGGCCGCAGGCCCGGCCUGCUCAGCGCCCACGUCUGCGGCCAGCGCCAUCCCGGCCGGCGACGCGUCCGCGGGCCUGGGCAGCCCCGGGCUCUCGGCGGUCCCCGACCCGUUCAAGGCUCAGUUUCCCUUCGGCGGGCUGCUGGACUCCAUGCAGACUUCAGAAACCUCAAAGCUGCAGCAGCUGGUGGAGAACAUCGACAAGAAGAUGACGGAUCCGAACCAGUGUGUCAUCUGCCACCGCGUGCUGAGCUGCCAGAGCGCCCUGAAGAUGCACUACCGGACGCACACCGGCGAGCGGCCCUUCAAGUGCAAGAUCUGCGGCCGCGCCUUCACCACCAAGGGCAACCUGAAGACGCACUUCGGCGUGCACCGCGCCAAGCCGCCCCUGCGGGUGCAGCACUCCUGCCCCAUCUGCCAGAAGAAGUUCACCAACGCCGUGGUGCUGCAGCAGCACAUCCGCAUGCACACGGGCGGACAGAUCCCCAACACGCCCCUGCCCGAGGGCUUCCAGGACGCCGUGGACCCGGAGCUCGGCUACGAGGAGAAGAGCGCGGAGACCCUGAGCGGCUACGACGAUGACGUCGACGACAAUUCCAUGGAGGAGGACGCGGAGCUGAAGGACGCCACCAGCGACGCGUCCAAGCCGCUGCUGUCCUUCGCGGGGUCCUGCCCGCCCUCGCCGCCCUCGGUCAUCUCCAGCAUUGCCGCCCUUGAGAAUCAGAUGAAGAUGAUCGACUCUGUCAUGAACUGCCCGCAGCUGACCGGCCUGAAGUCCGUGGAAAAUGGGUCCGGGGAGAGUGACCACCUGAGCAACGACUCCUCGUCGGCCGUGGGCGACCUGGAGAGCCGCAGCGCGGGCAGCCCGGCACUGUCCGAGUCCUCGUCCUCGCAGGCGCUGUCCCCGGCCAACAGCAAUGGCGAGAGCUUCCGCUCCAAGUCGCCGGGCCUGGGCGCCCAGGUGGAGCCACAGGAGAUCGUGCUCAAGACUGAGAGGCCAGACAGCCCGCCCCCUGCGCCGGGAAACGGAGGCGCCCUGGACCUGACAGCUGGCCCCCCUGGCCGGCCAGCCAUCAAGGAGGAAGCCCCCUUCAGCCUGCUGUUCCUGAGCAGAGAGCGGGGUCCCAGCCAAAGCACUCCUAGCCUGGUCUCCGGCACGGCGCCCAUGAUCAAAACGGAAGUGAACGGCCACAGCAAGGCCAUCUCGCUGGGCGAGGGCCCGCCGCUGCCGGCGGGAGUCCAGGUCCCUGCUGGGCCUCAGACAGUGAUGAGCCCGGGCCUCGCGCCCAUGCUGGCCCCCCCGCCGCGCCGGACGCCCAAGCAGCACAACUGCCAGUCCUGCGGUAAGACCUUCUCCUCGGCCAGCGCCCUGCAGAUCCACGAGCGAACCCACACAGGGGAGAAGCCGUUCGGCUGCACCAUCUGCGGCAGGGCCUUCACCACCAAGGGCAACCUCAAGGUGCACAUGGGGACACACAUGUGGAAUAACGCCCCCGCCCGGCGUGGCCGCCGCCUCUCGGUGGAAAACCCCAUGGCGCUGCUAGGGGGUGACGCCCUGAAGUUCUCGGAAAUGUUCCAGAAGGAUCUGGCAGCUCGAGCAAUGAACGUCGACCCCAGUUUCUGGAACCAGUACGCUGCAGCGCUCACCAAUGGGCUCGCCAUGAAGAACAAUGAGAUCUCUGUCAUCCAGAACGGAGGCGUCCCCCAGCUCCCAGUGAGUCUGGGGGGCGGCGCCAUGCCCCCCCUGGGCACCGUGGCCGGGGGCAUGGACAAAGCGCGCACCGGCAGCAGCCCGCCCCUCGUGGGCUUGGACAAGGCCAGCUCGGAAACGGCAGCCAGCCGUCCCUUCACGCGGUUCAUCGAGGACAACAAGGAGAUCGGCAUAAACUAG